AUGACCAGUCGAGGCCCCUUUACCGCUUACCUGCUCGGAAGCAACCCCAAUGCACUCAAGCGCGCAACAACCCACCGCUUCCUCGCCUCCGCAGGCCGCGGCACCCUCCCCAAGUCGCAACUAAGCCAAUGGCUCUCCCAAGACCGACUCUACGCGCAAGCCUACAUCCGGUACAUAGGGCUCCUCCUCUCAAAGAUCCGCCUCCCAACCCAGGACCCGAAAUCACCGACCACACACACCCCAACCCCGGAACAAAGCGCCAUAACCGUACUCAUCGACGCGCUCGUCAACAUCCGCACCGAGCUAGCCUUCUUCGAGAAAACCGCCAACGACUACAACCUCGAUCUAACAGCCAUCUCCGCUGAAGAGGGCGGCUGCUCGCUCACCUCCUGCGGCCAAGGCUCGGACAUCACCGUCUCGGCCGGCAUCUGCUCCAUCGGCUCUGGAAGCUGUCCGGGGAUCACGGGCGGCGACGAGGAAGGCCCGCCAGCGGACGGGGAGGGAAAUGCGGGCGGCGAGCAGAGCGGCGCGCCCGGACACGGCCUGUGUCAGAGCCAGGGAGAGUGCCAGAUGCCGUCUGGUGGGGGGCUUUGUGUGCCCGGACCGCAGUUCAGUGAGUAUGGGCGCGAUAUCGACCCUUCUCCUUCGGGCGGGGAGGGGUGUGGGACUCUUUUCUUCUGUGCGAGUCGCACCACUAGGGGUUACAUUGAUAUGUUCAUGUCGGCGGGGAGUAGUGGGGUUUCGAUCUUGGAGGGGAUGGCGGUGUUGUGGGCUACGGAGGUUUGUUAUCUUCGGUCUUGGAGGUUUGCGGCGGAGUGUAUGCGGGAGGAUCGGAAUACAGAUUAUAAGAAAGAUGCGGAUGGGGGUGCGUUGAGGGAGAAGUUUAUUGGGAAUUGGUCGAGUGCUGAGUUUGAGGAGUUUGUUAAUCGGAUUGGGGACGUGGUUGAUGAGAUGGCGGGGCAGAUUAAGGGGGCGGAGGAGUUGGAGAUUAUGCGGGGAAGGUGUUUGGAGUGGUGGAGGCAGAUUGUUUGGUUGGAGGAGAACUUUUGGCCAAAUGCUGCUAAAUGA